GCUGAUGUUGCUAUAAUCUCGCAUCAUCUUCUUGUUGUCAUCGCUCUACUCGUCAGCAUAAUCAUGGCCAUCACCCUCUACCUUGUUUUCAUUGACGUUGAAAAGCCGUACGAACCACUGCCCACUGAAAAUGGCGAAGACCCCGACGAGGACGUGUUCACCGACUCCAUUUAA